AUGUAUAGUAGUGUGUUGAGACCUGCUGCAGCUACAACUGAUAUGCAUAACAGGCUUAUUUGUCAGUUAAAUCGAUCAUCAUCAUCAAAUGAAACUAAUUCACCACCAAUAACAAAAAAGAAAGAAGAUCCUUUUGCAACAAUGCGUAGUGGAAGAGCAACAGCUGCUUCGAUUAAAGUUUCAGUGGAUUCAUUUACGAAAGAUAUUUAA